AGUCGGCACGGUAAAUCGGGAGAUAGGCUGCACAGACAACAGUGGGCUAAGCCAGUUUAGAGACGGGCAUGGCACUUAAAAUAUUGUAAUAUCAAAAACAAAACCAAACCGCGGAAGAAUGGCUUCUUUUCUGCAGAUUCCUGAUGCCGCAAAGGGCCAUGAUUUGAAUUUGUUUUGUGUCCCCAAACACUAUGAAGAGGAUUUGGAGAGGGUCAUUAUUCCCCACGGAAUUAUCAUGGAUAGGACGGAACGUUUGGCCCGUGACAUAAUGCGAGACAUGGGAGGACACCAUAUUGUUGCCCUGUGUGUUCUGAAAGGUGGUUAUAAAUUCUUUGCAGACCUGCUAGAUUACAUCAAGGCACUUAAUCAAAACAGCGAUAAAUCUGUACCGUUGACUGUGGAUUUCAUUAGACUUAAAAGCUACUGUAAUGAUCAGUCUACAAACAGCGUUAAAGUUUUUGGAGGAGAUGAGUUGUCCACUCUGACUGGGAAAAAUGUUCUGAUUGUUGAGGACAUUGUAGAAACCGGCAGAACAAUGCAGACACUGCUAUCUCUCCUGAAUGGAUAUCAGCCCAAGAUGGUUAAAGUUGUAAGCCUUUUGGUCAAAAGAACACCAAAGAGUCUAGGAUACAGGCCAGACUACAUCGGAUUUGAGGUCCCCGAUAGGUUCCUCGUGGGAUAUGCCCUGGACUACAAUGAAUAUUUCAGAGAUCUGAGUCACAUCUGUGUCCUGAAUGAGAAUGGAAAGGAGAAGUACAAAGUGUGAGAUUACUGACCUGAUGACGGGACCCCGGACAUCACGAGCACUGUGACGCUUUCUUUAGUUUCUUCUUCCUUUCCUGGAUGUGUUUUAUUUUUAUACAUACCCUUAGUGCAAUUUUUAAGAUUUUUUCCUUUUCGUUCAAUAGGUGAUUUUACAAAAGAUACAAAAUGUCUGAAAUUGAGUCAUAUCAUUAUUUGGUUAAUGCCAGUUAUUGUGAAGAAUAUUAGAAAUCACACAUGUAAUAUAAUACUUAUGGGGAAAACUCCAAAUGUGUUGCUUUAAAAAGGAAAAUAUUUUGUUCUGAUUGUCAGUGAAACACACAUUUUUACUCGUUUCAACUGUAAAAUAAUGUAGUAAAACUGCAAGGCAAAGUAUGUCUGGGGAUUAUGCGAUGCAUGAGUCCACCCUCCGUUUGGCUUGUCCUUCAUAUGCUUAGUGGACAGCACUGUAAUAUUUUGCACAAAGACAAACUUUUCAUUAUUUCUCUUAAAUGUGGAAUGUAAGACUGAAGGACGUUGGUUGAUGACAAACACUUUAUUUUGUGAAAACUAUUUAUUUUGUGUAAAGUUCUAAAUGUAAAUUAUUUGCAGCAAUAAUAAAUCUUGCGAGAUACAAAAAAUAAUAGAUAAUAUCAGGAGAUAAUAAAUUUGGAUGGAGUGUA